AAGAAAAGAGGGAAAAUUGGGUUUAAUUUUGAAAAUGACAUAAUGCACAGAACCAAAUUAGCGCGCCAAUCAAUCCUUAAAAGUUUCCCCUUUCGAUUUCAUUCUCCUUCUCUCUCGGAAAAAUGGCCGAUAUCGAACCUCCUUCUUUCUCUCUCGGUCUGGACCUCGAACCCGAACCCGAACUACCCGCUCAGCCGCAACAGCACUCCGCCAUCAGCCCAGGUCCCAGCUCCAGUACCCUCUUGAACGAUGAUUAUGAAGAUGAUGAUGAUUUCGGGCUUGAGGUUGUGGAUUCGGAUCCAGAAACCGGGCCCAGUUCGCCUCGGGUAUUCAAGCGGCUCCGAAGAGGACCCGCAGUUGAAGAAUCAAGAAUGGAGAAGAGAGAGCAGGAGAAGGUGUUUUGUGAUAAUGGUGAUGAUGAGAUUGAAGAGUUUUCUUCGCAAGAAGAUUUUAUUAGAGAUGCAUACCCAUCAGCAGAGUACAAUUCUGUAUGUAGUAGCUCAAAGAUUCCGCUACAUGGUUGUGGGGUUUCUUUAACUACUCAAUCAUCAAAACAGUUGAAGGAGAAGAAAAAGGAAAGGGCUUCAGAUGCUCCAUCCUCUUCUUGCUUAGGAACAGGGAACAAUGGGUUGAUAUUUCCGAACUUAACUAUCAGCCCUCUCCGAAGGUUUCAGUUAAUUGACUCUGAUUCUGAAGAGCCUUCUACGCGUAAUGAUGUAAGCAGAAAGAUCUCAGGAACUGAUUUAUCCUCAAAGGAGCGCCAGCCUAAUUCAUGUGAAAAGAAGAGAAAUCCAUCAGCAGAGAAGCAUCAAAGUGAGGAUUUGUGGAAAGAUUUCUGUCCAAAGAAAAGUUUUCACGUCCCAACACCUGUUCUGGAUGAGGUCUGUGAAGAAUAUUUUCAGUCCCUUCGAGAUACGAAUUCAGCUAAGAAAUUGGGAACUAAUCUACCUAAAGAUGGUGGUGUGGGCUGUCAUCUGGAUGCAAAUACCAUUGCAGGCUUUGAACAAAGCUGGAAUUUAGCUGACCCUCUUCCUCCAGCUUAUAAUUAUUUCUGCCAUGAUGAUUCAAGGAUUCAGUCACUUGUCCGUUCUCGCUUACCUAAUUUUUCCCCUCUGUGCAUCAUUAACAACAGGGAAAAUCAUCAGCCUAGUGAACCGGUUAUUAAUUACAUGAGCCAAUUUAAUGGAGAAGCUUCUAAAAAGGGAGGAACUUGUAGAAACAAUAAUAAAGAUUCAACAAGAGGAAGAAGCAAAUCAAAGAAAUCAAUUGUCAAAGAAGCCUUACCUGCUUCACAGGUCUGGAUAGACCCAAAACGCAGUGCUUCUAUUCCAAAGGAUGCUGGGAAAAGACGUGUCCAUGCAAAUGGUCAAGCUGCUGGUCACUGGUAUACUUCCCCUGAGGGGAGGAAGGUUUAUGUCUCCAGAAGCGGGCAGGAGUUGACAGGCCAAAUGGCCUACAGACAUUACAGAAAGGAGAGUGGUGGGUAUAGAAAGUCGAAAAAGAAAACGAAUGUCAAGAGGAAGAAGAAAGGCUGAAAGUGGUGGAUGCUUUAUAUUGUACUAUACAUACGUGCAGCUUUCUUUGUUGCUGCCAUAUCUGUGCAAUUUCUUUCUUUUUCUUUUUUGUGAAAAUUGUAGAUUUCAACUUUUUAUUGCAGGUCAUCUAAAUUCGAUUUUGUCCCCUUUCCUUAUUA